CUUGCUUGGUCUCUCUUGCUCCUUGAGUUCCCUAUCCAGAAGCUUCUAGGCUUUAGCCUCUAGCUCUAGCUAACUUAUCUUCUACUUAACCAAGGCUUUGCAGCCAGCAAGAAGUACCAUAUAUAUCAUCACCAUGGGUGGCUACGGCGACUUGUUCGAGAAGGCCAAGCCUUACAUCGCCAUGAUCUGCCUGCAGUUCGGCUACGCCGGCAUGAACGUCAUCACCAAGGUCUCGCUCAACGGCGGCAUGAGCCACUACGUGCUCGUCGUGUACCGCCACGCCUUCGCCACCGUCUCCAUCGCGCCAUUUGCCCUAAUUUUCGAGAGAAAGGUGAGGCCGAAGAUGACGUGGUCGUCCUUCCUCCAGAUCUUCGUGCUGGCACUUCUCGGGCCUGUGAUCGACCAGAACUUCUACUAUGUGGGUCUCAAGUACACUGGCCCGACCUUCGCAUGCGCCAUGAGCAACAUCCUUCCAGCCAUGACCUUCGUGAUGGCCUUCAUCUUCAGGAUGGAGAAGGUGGACCUGAGAAAGGUGCGGUGCCAGGCGAAGGUGGCCGGGACGGUGGUGACGGUGGCCGGCGCGAUGCUGAUGACGCUCUACAAGGGCCCGCUGAUGCGGAUGGCGUGGACGAGCCACGGACAGGCCCACGGCGGCGAGGCCCCGGCCGUCGAUCCCACGGGCAGGGAGUGGUUCCUCGGCUCGCUCUUCAUCAUCAUCGCCACCCUCGCCUGGGCUUCUCUCUUCAUCCUCCAGGCUCACACCCUGAAGCAGUACUCGGCACCGCUCUCCCUUACCACGCUCAUCUGCUUCGUCGGCACCCUCCAGGCCAUCGUCGUCACCUUGGCCAUGGAGCACCGCCCCUCCGUCUGGACCAUCGGCUUCGACAUGAACCUCCUCGCCGCCGCAUACGCCGGCAUCGUGACGUCGAGCAUAGCAUACUACGUGCAAGGCCUGGUGAUCCAGAAGACCGGGCCGGUUUUCGCGUCGGCCUUCAGCCCGCUGAUGAUGAUCGUGGUGGCCGUGAUGGGCUCCUUCAUCCUCUCCGAGAAGAUAUACCUGGGCGGCGUCCUCGGCUCCGUCCUCAUCGUCAUCGGGCUCUACUCCGUGCUCUGGGGAAAGCACAAGGAGACGCAGGCAGAGUCUGCGGCUCUGCGGGAGGCCAUGGCCUCCAUCAACUCCAAGGGAGACGGAGACGCCGUACACGGGCACGAUCCUGAGUGCGAGAAAGCCAACGGAGCACCCAAGCCAUCCUCCAACGGACACGGAGCUAGUGCAGUCUGAUCAAGAGAUUCCAACUGCUUCCAAGUGCUAACUGCGGGUGCGCGCGCGCGUCUGAACGAAAUGUCUCGUCACUGACGUUGCAUGCACUAGGGCUGCAUGAUAAUUUUGCGCCGUGCCUUUUAUUUUUGUCCUCUUGUAUGAUUUCCACAACCAACGACUAUAUUACCCCAGUACGCCCUGUACUUUUGUUCUUCUGUUUUAUUAUCGGGGGAGAAAGAAAUGUGUUCCGGCAAGGGGUAUGUACGUGUUCGUGUAAGAGAAUUUUGAGCGUUUUUGUGAUCCCGGCUUAAUUUCGAAAUAAA